CAUACAGGUAAUGUAUAAACAUAUGCAUAGAUUAACAAAACGUGCAUCUGUCCGUGUAAAUUCUGACAGAAUUUACAUUUAGAAUUACAGUAUUUAAGAAUUACAGUAUUUUCUCUCUCCCGUCUUAGGUGGGAAGCCGUAGUUAAGAUUCCAGUAGUAAUUCCAAAUGAUUCAUUUUGAAAUUGAUUCAAUUUUAAUAACUGGGAAAAGAAGAGCGAGCUUUAAAACAAAGAACUUAGUACUAGGUCCCAAAAUAACACAUAAGUAAACUCUGAAGAAAAUCUGAGAUGAUGGGGCAACAUAUUUCCUGACUUCCAUCUGUACUGACAUAGACUGCAUAUAAGAAACAAAUGCUGGAGUUGUUACGCUGAGGAGGAUGCAGAUGCUCUAUCCUGCCCAGAAAACCAGGAGGGUUUUGACGGCUCUUGCUAUGAGUUUGUCGGCCUGCAGCGAUCCUUUCUUAGUGCCGAGGGAUGGUGUGAGCAAGGUGGAGGACACCUGGCCUUCAUCCUCAAUGAUGAAAUGCAGCAGUUCCUCCAGCAGCACCUGCAGCCGGAGACGGACUGGUGGCUGGGGUUGGCACCUGCAGCUCCAAACCUCACACUCGACUCUGCUCCCACUGAGGGUUCCCUUGCAUGGUUGGAUGGCUCAGAUGUCAGCUAUAAUAACUGGAUGAACCCGCCGGAUGAACAAGCAGCGUGUGGACACAUCCUGAGACAUUCAGGCUUCCAGUGGGAAGCCACAGGAAACUGUAGCCAGGAACUUAACUUCAUUUGCCAGUUUGAUUCUGGGAGAUCUAUCGCGUGCGAUAGACAAAGUGCUACACUGCAGUGCGGUUCUGGUCAAGUUAUAGAGAUUGACGACAGCUUCUAUGGUCGAAAAACAAUUCACUACUGCCGAUCCAAACUGACAGCCUCGCCCACAUCCUCCCAGGAGGAGUGCAGCUGGAUAGAUGUGGUAGAUUCAGUAACAGCUCAUUGCCAUGGACUGCAGGCUUGCCGGGCUCCAGUGGAUCUGAGCUCUUUUGGUGAACCGUGUCCUGUGCUGGGAAGUUACCUUUCUGUAGAGUACCGCUGCAAACAUGGACUCCAACUGCUGUUAAGUAAGCUGGCAGCUGUCUUUGAUAAUGUGACCAUCACUGUGAAGUGGCUCCUUCAUCCAUUUCAGGGCAAUUUAACGUGCACUCUGAGCGCAGGAGAUGGCCACACUAUUGAUCCUUACAACCCAGAAGAGAUGGAGAGCACAAUUAUACACAAGUUCACCCGUCCUGGUGUUUUUAUGGUUGGAGUGGAGUGCAACACCAGCGACUGGCAUGUGACAGCUCAGAAAGCAAUAACCAUUCAGGAGCCGGUUGGAGAGUUUCUUGUGAUCAAGUGUUAUAGCAGGAAUAUAUCAACAGAGGGCACUAAGUGCAAGGCGCUUUAUGGCACUCCUGUUCAGAUCCAGCUUAUGGUGAAGGCAGGUACAAAUGUUUCCUACACAAUUCAUCAUGAAGCCCAUUUGAUUGCAAACUCAUCAGUGAAGAAAGGAAACACACCCCACAACAUUACACUGAAUUCAAGUGUGGUGGAGAAGCUUGGACAUGGCUGCCACAGUUUGACUCUAUCUGCGUCUAACAGAGUCACAACCCACACAGUGUCCUCUGAUCUGGAGCUGUGUCUGCUGGAGCCUAUUGAAAGCCUGCAGGCCUCUGUGAUAGCAGAGAAUGACGUUUGUCCAGACUCCGCUGAUCUCAUCAUCGGUGUCUCGUUGGAGCGAGGAGCCCCUGCAGAGCUGCUCUUCACUCUCACUGGAGCCAAGGACACACUGUCUGAGACCAGAGACUUGCACAAUGAUAGCUUACAGGCUUAUACAUUCUCCAACCCACAUGAAGGAACCUUGAAAGUGAAUGUACGCGCAAUGAAUGCCUUUUCGGCCUCUGACGUGGAUGUGCACUUAAGCAACAUACUUGAAGCUUGUCAGAAUUAUUCUGACUUUUCAACAGGCAGUGAUGGAAAUACAAUGGGUAGCAUGAGUGACAACGACUCCGGUAACUUGAAAAUAAUCUCUACUCCUGACACUUUGGUUGACUACAGUCAGAGUGUCACACUGACAGUAAACGAAACUGAAUCAUUACCCACCAAAGGACUUGCAUUUGAAUGGAAAUGUAUUGGAGACUGCAAGUGUACAAACAAAACAAAUGAGGAAACUCAUGUUAUUGAACAAGACUGUCUUCCAAACCCAUUUGAAAUGUUCAAAUAUGCAUUAUCUGUGAGGAAAAGAACCUGGUUUAGGAAAUGGCUCAAUGUUGGUUCAGCUUCAAAGUGCAUCACUGUUGCGCCUUCAACAGAAUUAACACACGUCACUAUCGGUUGCGAUAAUUGUGCUUCAAUAAACAUAAAGGAAGAUUUAAAGUUAAAACUGAGUUGUGUGACAACUUGCCCAGAUGUAAUUUGGUAUAUUGAAGACCCCAAACCUUUGACAGGUAACCUCAGCAAAUGUUACUCCGAAGCAGGAAGGAAGCAACCAAUUGAGAAGCAAAAUGGAGGCACUGAAUAUACAGUACACAGCCAACAUUUAAAAGUUUCAAGGGACACAUUGCACAACAUCACUGUGAUUGCUUAUGGCAAGGAGGUCCCUGGUUUUGCCAAAUACACUCUUCCAAUACCUGGACCUGAGCCAACUGAACCACCUGCAAACUCAACAACAACAACUGAUGCGCCCAUAGACCCCACAAUCCCCUCGUGUAGCAUCUCUCCACUGUCGGGAACUGUGCUUGAUGCUUUUGACAUUAGCUGCAAAGAAAACUCUUUCUGCUCUACAGGCUGUAAUUACUGCUUCAAGACCAAGACAGGCAAACAUCUGAGGUGCACUAACACAAAUGAAGUGAAAUCCGUCUUCCUGCCUCUUGGAGAUAAAAAGAAUAAUUACAGUUUGUCUGUUGUUGUGACGGUGAAAAAUGAAUAUCAGGAAGAAACCACAACUGUCGUCACUCAGGUCCGGAAAAGUAGCUCCAGUGCCUCCGUCCAAACUCUCCAGUCUGCAGUGGAGGAUAGUGUGACUCAGUUAGAGCAGCAAGGUUUGCUCUCUGGUGAAGCAAUCGGACAGAUAUUUACUUCAGUAUCUGAUAUGCUGAAUACAGAAUCUGACCAAAAUCAGAAGGAUGCGAGAUCAAAGCUCAGAGAGCAAAUGCUAACCAAAAUGACUGCAGUGCUGCUGGACUCCCCCAGCAACACAACUCAGGAAGUACAAGUGACAGCCAGAGCUGUGGCCGGACUCACACAGCGAUCAGAUGAGCUCAGUGCUGCUGCUCAAGAAGAAGCAGGUUCGUUGUUGGUAGACCUCAGCUCCUCUCUCAACACUAUCAGUGUUAAUCAGCACAACAAGAAAGACAAAGAAGUUGUGCAAGCAGCUGCACCAAUAGUGGAAGCAGCCAGUAAUAUUUUGAAUAUUUCAUCAAAUAAAAAAGUCUCAGAUUUUCUUCUGACUGGGAUGAACAAUGUUCAGAGUGCUUUACUGAAUAACAGAAAGCUGAAUGGAGAGCCUGCCAUCAUUGACUCUGGUCAGAUCAGUGUGUAUGUAAACAGAAUAUCCCCAAAAAACAUGCAAAAGCAGGCUAUAAAUGUGCAGAAGAACAGCUCCUCCAGAUUUUCUUUCCCUUCACUGCCUGCUGAUAUUGUCUCUCCAGAGGAGCCGGUGGAUGUCAGAAUGAUGAGUUUUGAGAAGAAUCCAUAUUCCUGGAGCGAAGGAAACAUCACAGGAACUGUAGGGUCUGUGUCUCUCACCAGAGCCAAUGGCAGCAUCAUUACUGUUGAGAACUUACCUGAAGAGAUAGAGAUUCUCCUACCAAGGCUUGACGUUGGGCAGGAGAACAGCACACUCCUGGACCUUGCCAAUUUCAGCACAUUAAUAAUUGACAUCCCUUCGCCGGAUGUAACGCUGGUGCUGAAAAUGGAGCCAUCUGAAGACAUUUCCUUCAUGCUAUUCCUGGGAUAUAAAGAUUAUCCAAAUGAUGAGAAUUAUGUAGCCAAGACUCAGAUUCCUCUGGAGAACACAAAAGAAGAGGAGAAGUUUACCUGGGUGCUGAGUCCCAAAGACAGAACAGGAGAUGUUGGAGUGCACUACCUUGUUUUGAAGCCCAUCGUGGAGCCGGGCGUCAAAUCCAUCAACGCCACUGUCACUGUUGUUUCCAUUGCUGCCCAGUGCAAAUACUGGAAUGAAACGGAUUCUUCAUGGAGUGAAGAUGGCUGCAGGGUUGGUCCACUUACCACUCAUUUGGUCACGCAGUGCCUCUGUAACCACCUAACUUUCUUUGGCAGCUCGUUCUUUGUCAUGCCAAACUUGGUGGACGUGUCUCGCACUGCUGAGCUUUUUGCUACAUUCACCAACAAUCCUGUGGUGGUGUGUUUUGUGGGAGCCAUUUUUGCUGCUUAUCUGUUUGUGGUUGUUUGGGCGCGUAGGAAAGACAUCCAAGAUUCAGCCAAGGUCAAGAUAACAGUUCUUGAGGACAAUGACCCCUUGGCUGAGUAUCGUUAUAUACUGAAUAUUAGCACAGGGCACCGCCAUGGUGCAUCCACUUCUUCUCAGGUGACCAUAACUCUGCUGGGUACAGAGGGAGAAAGUGAGCCCCACCACCUGACAGACUCUGAGAAGCCUGUGUUUGAGAGGGGUGGAGUGGACAUGUUUCUGCUGACGACACAUUUUUCUCUUGGAGAUCUACAGAGUAUAAGAAUGUGGCAUGAUAACUCCGGAGAACAUCCUGCUUGGUAUGUCAACAAAGUGAUGGUGCAGGAUCUGGAGACUGGUCAGAAAUGGCACUUUCUGUGUAACUCCUGGCUGGCUGUAGAUGUGGCAGAGUGCACUCUGGACAAGGUCUUUCCAGUAGCAACAGACACAGAUUUGAAGAGAUUCAGCAAUCUGUUCUUCAUGAAGACAGCCAAGGAUUUCCGUGAUGGCCAUAUCUGGUUCUCUGUCAUCAGUCGGCCUCCAUGCAGCACUUUCACACGUGUGCAGCGAGUGUCCUGCUGUUUUUCCCUGCUGCUGUGCACCAUGUUGACCAGCAUCAUGUUUUGGGGAAUCCCCACAGACCCCUCUGAGCAGACCAUGGACCUGGGUCACAUCGAGUUUACCUGGCAACAGGUUAUGAUCGGAAUCCAAAGUUCAGUCAUCAUGUUUCCCAUCAAUCUCCUUAUUGUGAGCAUCUUCAGAAACACUCGUCCUCGAGAGAAAGCCAGCAAAACAGAUACGUCGAAACAGGGGAAGACCGUUCGAGUUUCUCCCUCACAGACUUCAACUCCUCAGAAAGAACAGAAGGACAUCACACCAGACACUGUGAUCAAGGACAUUAAGAGAAUUGCUCAGUCAUUGUCGAAGGCCAUGAAGAGUCCACUGCCACAUCUGGAGCUUCAUCCUGGUCAGCAGGCUGACAUCAACACUCUGCUGUCUCUGGUGGAAGACAUCAUCAGACAGCAGAACCGAGCAGCUGGGGAUUUCUACACCGACGCCUCCAAGAAGGAUCGCUCUAUGAUCCUCAGUUUAGGUGCUGGGGAUCUACAAGAGGACAGUAUGUUGGAGAGCCCUGAGAAGAUGUCAGGUGAAGUUCAGAAGAAGAGCAACAACAGCCGCUACCUAUACAGGCAGCUGCGUCACGUUGAGAAGGAGCUCAGUCUGCUGGGGCCGACUCGUUUUCCAAAUCCAAACAGCUACAGCCGAGCCAUGCAGCAGGUUCAGGGAAUGAAGGGUCUCCUGGAGUACCACCUGCCCUCAUCCAGCCUGGAUGGAGACAAUCGCAGCCCCAGUCCUGAGGAGAGCAUCGAUGAAAGCACUAGCAAGAAGUGCUGUCAAGGAGGGCUGCCGUGGUGGUUUGUGUUUGUUGGCUGGAUAUUGGUGAUUGCAACCAGCGGUGUGUCAGGAUACUUCACUAUGAUGUAUGGGCUGACGUACGGGAAAGACCGCUCUGUAAGCUGGCUUAUUUCCAUGGUGGUCUCCUUCUUUGAGAGUCUCUUCAUUACCCAACCUCUCAAGGUUCUUGGUUUUGCUACUUUUUUUGCUCUCAUUCUGAAGAAAGUCGACCAGGAAGAGUAUGGAGAGCCUCAGAUUGAUGAGCGUCUCAGAAAUCAAGAUGACCCUAAUGCGAUGCGGGGAGCCAGAAGAGACAGCACAUGCAGUUUCUAUCAACCACCACCUCCUACUGACAUCGAGAGGAUGCGGAGCAACAUGGUUAAAGAGCAGAAGGUCUUUGCCCUCGUAAGGGAGAUUCUUGCCUACAUGGGAUUUAUGUGGAUGUUGCUCCUGGUGGCUUAUGGUCAAAGAGACCCCAAUGCCUAUUUUCUGACACAACACAUUCGCCAGAGUUUCAGCAAAGGGAUCUCAGACACCAUGAGUAUUCAGGAUGUGUUCAACUGGGCAAAUACAACUCUGCUGAGCAACCUGUUUGGAGAAUAUCCAGGGUUUAUCACAGACGGAAACUCAAAGCUGGUUGGUAACGCUCGUCUCCGCCAGGUGAGGGUGCAGAAAAACUCCUGCCACGUUGAUCGCUCCAUGCAGCGAUCUGUGCCGGACUGCCACGCUCCAUACUCCUGGGAGUUGGAGGACAUGGGAUCCUACGGUCUAGGAUGGAGUCGCUCUGUGGGUGAUAAUGCCUCAGUGAACCAUAACAGCCCCUGGACCUACAGGUCUCAGAGUAAACUGAGGGCCUACCCCAUCUGGGGCAGUGUGAGGCUUUACAGAGGAGGAGGGUUUGUGGUGGAUCUGGGGCCAGACUUACAAAACUCCAGCAGAAUCCUUCAGUACCUUUAUGACAACACCUGGAUUGAUGUGUACACCCAAGCAAUCUUCGUCGAGUUCACUGUGUACAAUGCUAACGUCAACCUCUUCUGCAUUGUCACACUCAUGCUGGAGACCACAGCUAUAGGGGCUUUCCAGUUCCGCAGCGAGCUUCAGAGUGUUCGUCUUUACCAGUCGACCGGUGGCCUCCACAUCUUUGUCAUGGCUUCUGAGGCCAUCUACUUCCUCUUUAUCAUUUAUUACAUGGUCAUUCAGGGGAAGCUGAUGAGGAAACAAAAAUGGUCUUACUUCAAGAGCAAGUGGAACCUGCUCGAGUUGGUUAUCAUCAUUCUCAGUUGGAGCGCCCUGUCUGUCUUCAUCAAAAGGACUUUGUUGGGGAAGAGAGACAUGAACUAUUACCAGAACAACAAAGACCAAUACGCCAGUUUCCAUGAGACAGCCAAGGCCGAUGCAGUGCUCGGGUAUCUGAUUGCCUUCCUGGUACUGCUGGCUACAGUCAAACUGUGGCACCUGCUGAGACUCAACCCCAAACUGCACAUGAUCACAGCAACGCUGCAGCGAGCCUGGACUGAUAUUUCAGGCUUCCUGGUGGUCAUGACCAUCAUGUUCCUGGCCUAUUCCAUUGCUUCUAACCUGAUGUAUGGCUGGAAGCUGUACUCCUAUCGUACCCUGCUUGAUGCUGCUCAGACCAUGGUCAGCUUGCAGCUUGGUAUUUUUAACUACGAAGAGGUUCUGAAUUAUAAUCCAGUGCUCGGUGCGUUCCUCAUUGGCUCCUGCAUCGUGUUCAUGACCUUUGUGGUGCUGAACCUCUUCAUUUCUGUCAUUUUGGUGGCAUUCAGUCAAGAGCAGAUACAUCACAAGCCAUCGGAAGAGGACGAGAUUGUGGACCUGAUGUUAAUGAAACUCUGCAGUCUAUUUGGGCUCAAAUGUAAGAAACAAGGAGGCGGCGUCCUAACAGAGAGGCCAACUGUUUCGUCUGCUCCAAUAAACAGACUCUCUACUAUCUCUUCUGGGAAUAUUCAUGAGGGAUGAAAUGUUACACUGCAGUCACAUAGAUGCUUAAACAUUAUUAAGAUCUAGAGAAUUCUUUGCUGCGGUCAUUGCUUCCAAUAGCUAGCUUCAGUUUGUUGCCAUGUUAUUGCUUUGUGACUGAAUAUUAGCCUUUGUCUCUACUGCUGCAGAUUUGUCACUAUUGUAGGAUAAGCUGAAACUCUGGCAGAUAGAAAAAGACUGAGGAUAUUCCUUAUAUUAUGCACCGAGGCACCGUUUUUAGGAUGCAGGAAAUUUAGUUAAAUAAAUGUGUUCCUGUGACUAAAUCUUCAAUAAAAUAAUUAUCAA